ACGGGGGUGGGACCAGUGAUGCCAACUUAACAAUUUUGUUGCUAGACUUAGCAACUUUUCAGACUACCCUGGCAACAAGAAUACUUUUCAGACUACCCUUUUCAAACAGCACCUAGCAACACAUUUAGCUACUUUUAAAAAAUGUAUUUGGAACUUUUAGAAACUUUUGAAAAGUGACUAAAACGCUAAAAUGCACGCAUUUCCCCUCUAAAUGGCACAAAAACGAUUUCUCUAUCACACACAGUCACAACACACGUGCCUGGCUGCAAAAGUGCAUUGUGAGUGACGUCAGCAGCAGGCCAGCAGCAAUUUCAGUAAAUUGCAAAUCAUUGUUGGCUGACUGCAGUAGUACGGGUUCGACGAGCCAAACCCAACGAAUAUAGUUGGUCACGAAUGUUUGAUCUUGAACAGAACUUACAUCAAUCAACAUGCCUCAAUCAAAAAUGUACAGAAAAGAGUGGGAGUCUGUACCUGAACAAAUGUCAAAUCAUAUUUUUUGCUGAUGGCCAGUCAACUUGAGUAACGUUAUUGUGUAUCCUACGUAAUGACGCAGUUUUACGUUACCACGCAAUGACAUGCCAACGUCAUUUAGCACCUAAUCACCCUGCGUCUAGCAACUUACUCUGAAAAUGAGUUCGCAACACGGGGUGGGACCCGCAGUAGCACCCGCUGCUCGUUGAGAAGAGUAAGAACGAUAUGUGCUUUCACGUCAGAGUCUCCAAAAGUCUCCAAUAACACCAGAAAAAGUCGCUAGAUUUGUCGCUUUUUUGAAAAUGUGUCGCUAGAGGGGUCUGAAUACUCGCUAAAUAUAGCGACAACGUCGCUAAGUUGGCAACACUGGCGGAGGACCGAUAGGCGAACACGUGCUACACCGGCGGAGAGAUGACUUCUAGUGAUGACAGCAAAUGGACCAGUUUGGCGGAAUGGGAGAAAAAGCGCUACAGAAACAUGAAGAGGAACCACUUGGCCAUGUUGGCUAUAGGUCUGCAGCCGCUGGUCCCUGUAUUUAUGAUGCAUGGCCGGAGGGGAGGAAGAGAGAGCGCAGACCGCCCCCACAAGGACCCAGUGACACAGUGGAGGAAGAAUGGACCUCUCACCUGGAGAGACAACACCAGGGUAAAACUCAAAGGAGAAGGGAGAAUGAGUCCAGAACACCUUCUAUAGCCUGCACAUCUAAACCCCCUCAGUCCAGACCACCUUCUAUAGCCUGCACAUCUAAACCCCCUCAGUCCAGAACACCUUCUAUAGCCUGCACAUCUAAACCCCCUCAGUCCAGAACACCUAAAACAUUAUUGACUACAGGGUCCUAUAUCUCACCUGCUAUCUCAGCCUCAACCAAAACCCUCAACACAGAGACCUUAUCCCCUACCGAGACACAGACCUUAAACUCAUCACCAACCAGAACCAAACGUUCUGACACCACAGCCACACCUAAAACCUCGACUAGCUCAGAGGUGACCCCAACCUCAGCCACGCCCACUGCUACACAGGUAACCACAAGAUCUAACCCCUCGACCCCAGCCAGACCCCAGCUGAGCAGAGGACCGGUGGUGACACGUACUUACACCUGGAUGUGGACUGACUGGGACAGUCACAAAAUGGGAAGAGAACCUUCAGGACAACCUCACCUGGAUGAGCUGACUGGAGAGAGAGAAGGAGAGGAGAGAGAGAGUAGGGACGAGACGGAGCGGAAGACAAAGAAAGAGAAGGAAAGAGAGGGAGAAGAGGAGAAACAGGAGCCGCUGAACGAAGAGAGAGACGGAGAAAAGGAGAGAGGAAAAGAAGGAGGGAUGGAAUCAGAGUGGAAGAGUGGGGGAGAGGAGGAGAGCGGGAGUGAAGGAGAGCGCACACCCAGCAGCUCUCACAGGGACCCAGUGUGCGUGUCAGAGCAGAUGAAGAGGGCGUGGCUAAGGCAGAUGAACCUCCGCAGCAGAGCCAGAGUUGGCUAUACUGAGGAAGAGGAGCUGAGAGAUGAAGAGUACUUCUUCUGUGAGGAGUGCAAGUCUUUCUUCAUCGAGGAGUGUGAGCUCCACGGUCCCCCCCUCUUCAUCCCAGACACCCCUGCCCCCCUGGGGGCCCCAGACAGGGCCAGACUCACCCUGCCGCCCGGCCUGGAGGUUAGGACAUCAGCCAUCCCUGGAGCUGGGCUGGGGGUCUUCAACCACGGACACAGCGUGACCCAAGGGACGCACUACGGACCGUAUGAAGGAGAACUCACAGACAAGGAGCUGGACAUGGAGAGUGGAUACUCCUGGGUGAUCUACAAAAGCAAGCAGAGGGACGAGUACAUUGAUGGCAAGAGAGACACUCACUCCAACUGGAUGAGGUAUGUGAACUGUGCCCGUAGUGAAGACGAGCAGAAUCUGGUGGCCUUCCAGUACAGAGGAGGGAUUCUGUACCGCUGCUGUAAGCCUAUAGCUGUUGGAGAGGAGCUGUUGGUGUGGUACGGAGAGAAAUACGCCAGAGACCUGGGCAUCGUCUUCGACUUCCUCUGGGACAAAAAGUGCUCAGCUAGAGGUGUGAAUGAGUCAUCCCAGUCUCAGAUCUUUUCCUGCUCUGGUUGUCUGUUCUCCUUCACGGCUCAGACCUACCUCUACAAGCACAUAAAGAGAUGCCACAGGGAAGAGUGCGUCAGGCUGCCUAGGAGUGGAGGGAUUAGAGCAGAGACGCUAGCACCACCCAGUGGCUCUCAACGAUGUUCAACAACUCCAGAUCGCACCCCCAUCACACUCCUCACCCAGAAACACAGAGACACAGGGAAGCCAGCACCUCACCACUGCUCUCAGUGUGGGAAGAGUUUCCGUCGAUCAGGAGACUUAAAGGUGCACCAACGUACUCACACAGGAGAGAGGCCAUAUCACUGUUCCCAGUGUGGGAAGAGGUUCAGUGUGUCAGGACAUUUAAAGACACACCAGCGUACUCACACAGGAGAGAGGCCAUAUCACUGUUCCCAGUGUGGGAAGAGUUUCUGUCGAUCAGGAGACUUAAAGGUGCACCAACGUACUCACACAGGAGAGAGGCCAUAUCACUGUUCCCAGUGUGGGAAGAGGUUCAGUGUGUCACGACAUUUAAAGAGACACCAGCAUAUUCACACGGGAGAGAGGCCAUAUCACUGCUCUCAGUGUGGGAAGAGUUUCAGUGCGUCGUGGAGUGUUAAGAGACACCAGAUCACUGUUCACAGUGUGGGAAGAGUUUCAGUCAGUCAGGAAGCUUAAAGGAACACCAGCGUACUCACACCUGACUCUGAAUCACUAGCACCAACUGAUUUACUGGUGCCAUUCCAAAACUCAAAAUGCUGCAAAUAGUUUGUUUGCCUGAAUAAAAAUCCAGUGUAACUGUGUGUACACCA